UUUUCUGCUGGACCGGGUUCGGAUGGCUGGGAAUAAAGGAAGAGGACGGGCUGCCUACACCUUUAAUAUCGAGGCCAUUGGUUUCAGCAGGGGGGAAAAAUUACCUGAUGUGACAUUGAAGCCACCACCCCUCUUUCCUGAUGUAGAUUAUAAACCAGUGCCACUGAAGGCAGGAGAAGGCGAGGAAUACGUGCUGGCUUUGAAGCAGGAGCUGAGGGAGACAGUGAAAAGAAUGCCUUAUUUCAUUGAAACACCCGAAGAAAAGCAAGAUAUUGAAAGGUAUAGCAAAAGAUAUAUGAAGGUGUACAAAGACGAAUGGAUGCCAGAUUGGAGAAUACUUCCAAAAGAGUUGAUGCCAAAGAAAAAAUGCAAAAAAGCAAAUCCAAAAGCCAGUAAGACGAAAGGCGUAGGCAAAGGCAAUUCACUCACUAACACUGCGGAUGUGCUGAAAAAGAUCAAGGAAUUGGAAAAAAGAGGUGAUGGCGACAAAUCCGAUGAAGAAAAUGAAGAGAAAGAAGGAAGCAAAGAGAACAAUAAAGACAGCGGCGAGGACGAGGAUGAGGAUGCUGCGGACCAGGAGGAAUAUGAUGAAGAAGAGCAAGAGGAGGAAAAUGACUACAUCAAUUCGUACUUUGAGGACGGAGACGAUUUUGGCGCCAACAGUGAUGACAACAUGGAUGAAGCAACCUACUAGCCUGCAGUUGUUCUGAGGAUGCUGACACUGUUCCGAGCGCCGGGAGGGAGUGGUUUGAUUCAUGAUGAGGGAUGAAUAGAUCCUUUGUGUUCCUAUGUCUCGUUAAUACUGUUCUUUGGGAGCAGGGUUUCACACUAGCCCAGGCUGACCUGGAACUCACUGUAGCCCAAGCUGGCCUCACAUUCAUGGCAAUCCUCCUACCUCAGCCUCCCGAGUGCUGGAAUUAAAGGCAUGCAACUCCACACCAGGCUUGUUCUUGUUUUGCUUGACAAAAAUACUUGUCAGAAUGUUCAGAACCACUUAAAGUUUACAUCCCUGUGACCUGAUAGUCUCUGACGUUCCUCCUGAACUUAACUUCUGCCAUCUCUCUUCUGUGUGCUAGUGAGGUUGAAAGGGGCUCUGCUUUUGUUUUUUUGUAUUAUUUGAAUUUGAAUGUGCCUAAAGAAUUGUAGCAUCUC